AUGCCUCCGUUCAAGGAUGAACAGAUUAUUAUUAUUGCGCCCGGCUCCGAGACCACUCUUGCGCAGCUGGGGCUCCCAGAGUCCUUUACUCCGGCGCGCCUGCGCGUGCGCUCGCGCAUGUUCCCCGCAGAAAAGCAGGGUGAAUGGGAGCCGUACAAGGUCCGACGGAAGCAAGCAACACCCGGUGAAACGAGCGAGAAGCCCGCCGACGCUACCAAUGGCGCCGAAACCGUGAACGGAGACGACGAGGUUGAAUACGAGGAAGAUCGAGUGACUGAGGAGGGCGCGGUAUGGCCCAUCAAGGAGGGGAAGAUUGUGAAUUGGUCCUGCUUUUUCGCUCUCAUCACACACGUCUACAAUUCCCUGAAUCCGCCGUUCCACACACCGAUUCUUCUCAUCGCACAGCCAGGCUGGACGCCCCGCGAGCACGAAAAGUUGACGCAAUUCUUCUUCGAGAAGUUCAAAACACCCGCAUUUUCUAUACUGGAUGCUGCAAUGGCUACGAGUUGGGCAUAUGGCGUCCACACGGCCACUAUUGUGGACGUAGGAAAAGACAAGGUGGAUGUCACGGCCAUCAGCGAAUUCAUUCCACAUACACAGGGGCGCGUCAUCGCUUUAUCGGGAUGUGGAGGGGAAGCAUUGACGCAGGGACUUUUUGCCAAACUGCAGUCGAAAGGAUUCACUCGGGAGAUGUGUGAGCAGCUCAAAAAGUCUCCCAUUUGCGAAAUCCUUCCUGCAGGCACGCCACUACCAGGCACAGAGGGCGCGGCUGCUCAGGAUACCAAACCCGCCGCAGCAGCGUCUACAGGAGCUCCCGGCUCAGGACCUGCUGCAGCAGUCGCAACCAUUGGCAACGCGCCUGGAGGCCCCGUUGAGGAUACCGAGGUCGGCGACGACACCAUUCCCGAGGAGCACGAAGGCGUGCUUGACGUGGCUAGCAUUGUGGCAGGCGGAAAGAUGAACGAAUAUCUUGCAAAGAAAGAGAAGGAGAAGCAGGAGAAAGCAAAUGCAAAGAAGAAGGGCGGCGAGGCUCCUGCGACGGCCGCUAAGCCUGUCAGGCUGCCAAACUCGAAGCGGGAGAAAGCAACGUUCAUGUAUGAGGAUCACGCUCUGCUGGAUACUUUGAAGAAUAUGAAUCUCGGAAGCAAAGGCGUGGCGGAAGCGCAAGCUGCACUCGAUGAAGGCCGUAAGAGGUCUCAGGAUGGCGCAGGAGAUGGUGAACCCUCGUCUGCAGUGGAUGCUAAUGACUCAGGGUCAGGCGCAAUUAGGCGUGAGAUCGAAGUGGGUGUCGAGCGGUUCAUGGCUGCGGAUGAUGGAGUUCUGGAGAGGAUUUCCGAUGCUAUUCACCGAGCGAUCUCAUCCGUGGACGAGGUCAACAAGCGGAGCGAGUUAUGGGAUUCCCUGAUCGUUUGCGGCAAUGGUGGAAGAGUCAGAGGUUUCAAGGAAGCACUUCUAUCAACAAUCCAGUCACGAUAUGUGAUUUCGCCAUCCUCUGCCACUAUCUUCACCUCGGAAAUCCCGUCCAACAUCACGACGCCAGCUGGUACCGGCGCGAACACGCCGCAGCCCCAGCUACCUCCUCACGGUGGCCCAAGCCAGGUCAACCCCCUCUUACUUGCAGCUACGACCGCGCAAAAUCCAUACCUCCCGCCCGGUGGCAACCCGCUCAUUCCUGGAAUGCCUGGUCUUAACGCCCACUCUUCCCACGGACAAACGCCGACCAGCGUCAAGCUUGUCAGGCCGCCCGAGUACUUCCCCGAAUGGAAAGAAGUUGGGUUCGACGAGUCUGCAUUUUUAGGCGCACAGGUUGCGGCAAAAGUCAUCUUUGUGGUGGAUCAAGGACAGAGCAAGGGCUACAUGACGAGGCCAGACUAUAACGAUCAAGGACCCACAGGUAUCCAUGAUUACAGCUUGUAA